CCCCCCCCCCCCCCCCCCCCCCUUCUGGGCUCGCGCGCUUGCUCUGUCAACUUAUGGAAAGAUGUACUCUCCCGAUCAGUUCAUGAACCCCGGGCCUGCACCACGCCCCCCGGCCGACCGCCCGAAGCUCAAUCUGCCGACUAACUCCUCAAAUACGGUCGCCUCUUUCAGCCAAAUGAGCUUGGACUCUCCCAGUACGCCAGGGUCGGGCAAUUUGUCAUUAUUCCCGAAUACUAGCGCCCCAUCCCUCACGCAAACAAAGACGAACCAGUCGGGACAGGGAGGAGUCGCCGUCAUCAAAGAAGGAUACGUUAGGUGCAAGGAAGAUAAAUUCCUGGCUACCUGGAACCAACGAUAUCUGAUACUGCGUGAAUUUCGCUUGGACUUUCUGAAGAAUGAGACCGGUAGGGUGGUCCUAUCCAUUCCGCUACAAACGGUCACUGCGGUCUCUCGUUCGGAAGACACUCGGAUGGCUUUCGAAGUCAUCCGUCUAGCCAAUCCGAAAGAUGCCGCUUCCAAGGCUGCUCUGAUUACACGCGAUGUGCCAACCAAGAGUAUCACCUGUGAGGUCAAAAGUGACGACGAGAUCUAUGACUGGAUUGACAAAAUCUACGAGCGUUGUCCGGGAAUGGGAGGCGUGAGCAAUCCGACCAAUUUCAGUCACCGCGUUCAUGUCGGCUUCGAUCCUCGGACAGGUGCCUUUGUGGGAUUACCGCCUGAGUGGGAGAAGCUCCUGACUGCGUCGGCUAUCACCAAAGAAGACUACAAGAAAAACCCACAGGCCGUCAUCGAAGUUCUCGAGUUUUAUUCCGAUAUAAAGAUGCGUGAGCAGAAUCCACAGUAUUAUGCCGGAUUGGCCUCUCCUCAAUCGAACCAACAGCCAAAACCUUACAGCAACAACACAGUUGGUAGCUCUAUUGCUCCUCCAAGACCACCACCACCGGCUCCGUCUCAACGCUUAGAUAGCGGCCACUCUAAUCGUUCGGUUGGCUCAUCACCCUCUCAGCCACUCGGCAAACCAGAAUCCGACCGUGCCUUGGAGCAGCAGCAGCAGCUGGACAGAAUGAAGGAUAUGGCAGAUCAGGAGCGUCGGCGCAUGGAAGAAGAAGCUCGCCGUGUUCGGCAACGCGAAGAAGACCAAAAUAGGCUUGAUCAGGAGGCAUAUAAUGCUUCACUCCCCAAGACUCGCGUACCUCUAGCUAAACAAGAGCUCGGCGGUUAUAGCGCUGAUCCGUCAAUGAAUGAUCGCUAUAAACCAAGCCGCCCCGCCCCACAAGCUCCUGGCUCAGUUCGACAAGACCCUUCACGCCAACUGACCGCUCAGCGCCUAGCGCCAGCCCCUCCGACUAGCUCUAACCAGGGUCAACGACCUGGGGACUACGGAUCAGCCAACCUACCUGGAAUGGCACGCACUCUAGGAUCUCGUUCUGAAGACCAAUCUUCUCCCAGCUCACGCUACCCUGCGCAGGAUCCCCGGGCACAACAACCCUCUGCAGCACGAGCUCAGAACAAUGGCACCAAACAGCAAGCUCAUGGCCCACCGCCAAGCAAGCUUCCAGCCCCUGUGCAGCCAGUGAAGCCACUGAAUAUUGCAAACAAGCAGGCGACUAGUAAAAACGUCCCUGACGGUGUCCGACAAGCUGAAGCUGCCCUGACUAAGAAAGCUGAGCCCCGGCAGAGAGAAGUCCGCAUGUCGGCAAUGUCCGAGAACGAAGUGAUGGAUCGGCUCAGGUCCGUCGUUUCUAAAGACAACCCCAAUGAAUCUUAUAGCAAGCAACGUAAGAUUGGACAGGGUGCAUCUGGUUCUGUGUACGUUGCGCGUGUCAAGGAACAUGCCGUUUCUCCGGUUGCUCGUGAAUUAUACCGCCAAUAUGGACCUCGAACUCAGGUUGCCAUCAAGCAAAUGGAUCUACGUAGCCAGCCAAGAAAGGAACUCAUUGUCAAUGAGAUCAUUGUGAUGAAGGACAGCCAGCAUGCCAACAUUGUCAACUUCCUUGACUCCUUCCUGCAGGAGCAAAGUAAUGAACUCUGGGUUGUCAUGGAAUUCAUGGAGGGCGGCGCUCUCACGGAUGUCAUUGACAACAAUCCUGUAAUUCAAGAAGAUCAGAUUGCCACCAUUUGUUCAGAGACUUGUCAAGGGCUGGCACACUUACAUAGCCAGAACAUUAUCCACCGUGAUAUCAAGAGUGAUAAUGUCCUUCUCGACCGGGCUGGCCAUGUCAAGAUCACCGACUUCGGGUUCUGUGCCAAGCUCACCGAGUCGAAGAGUAAGCGUGCAACGAUGGUUGGGACGCCAUAUUGGAUGGCUCCAGAAGUUGUCAAGCAAAAGGAGUAUGGGCCCAAGGUCGAUUGCUGGUCACUAGGAAUCAUGGCCAUCGAGAUGAUUGAAUCAGAGCCCCCUUAUCUGAACGAGGAGCCACUUAAAGCCCUAUACCUUAUUGCCACCAACGGUACUCCUCGCCUAAAGAAGCCCGAAAAGCUGAGCAAGGAACUCAAGUCAUUCCUCAGUCAGUGCCUGUGUGUGGACGUCCGCAGCCGCGCCACUGCGGAAGAGCUGUUAGCCCACGAAUUCUUGAAGUCGGGCUGCAGUCUCCCUAGUCUGGCGGAGUUGCUCCGUUGGAAGAAGAACAAUGGGCAGUAAUAUGCCGGAAACUGCAUGCUUAGGUGAUGACACAAUCCUGAGAUGAGCUUUCUACCCUUCUAUGUUUUACUUAUUUACGAUUUACAACCAGAUCUUGUCUCACGCACAUAUGGGCCCCAAUUACGUUCCUCCGGAUGAUUUUCAUUCCCUUAUGACUUGCAUUGCAACCGGCUUUCUCUUGUGUGAUAUCCAAACUAUAAAGCUAUGUCUUUUGGACUUGGCAUGGAUAUUCCGGCGUUAUACUUGGUGUUUAAUUCUUCGAUUGUCUCAGCUUCUACUACCGUGAAUAUCUAUUUUAGUUCUAUUGCGUGUUCUGACAGGACCACUUCCGCUAAUGGACGCCUUCCGGUGAGGGAGAACGAACAGUCUUUGAGAAAAAUGGUCCUUGUGGUUGGGCGAUGGGGGAGGUCUGAAGCGAAAGCGGAAAUAGAUGAGUUGGACGUCCGUCCUGCAUGUUUAUCAAAUGUUAUGAUGGUUGGAUUUGGUCCAUAGCGAGAAGGCCAUGGAGCGAUGAGCCUCUAUUCGCAAUUUCGUUCAUGAAAAAUCAUUUGAAAACAGAUCAAGCUUCCAAUUCUACAUGUCAGUAAUUUUGAC